CUUGCUUUAGGUCCUACUUUUGAUUACUUGGAAAAUGCUCUUCAUAAAUUUGAUGAUGGGCCAUUUUUGCUUGGCCAAUUCAGUUUGGUAGAUAUAGCCUAUAUUCUAUUUGUUGAAAGAUUCCAUGUCUUCUUAUCAGAGGCAUUCAAAUAUGAUAUCAUCGCAGGCAAGCCUAAACUUGCAGCGUGGAUUGAGGAGAUAAUCAAGAUUGAGGCUUACAAGCAGACAAAAAUAGAUCCUAAAGAGAAUGUUGAAGCAUUCAAGAAGCGCUUUCUGGCUCAGUAAUGUGCUAGAUAGUGGUGGUUUUCCAUAUAGACUGAAUAAGAGACUUGACAUCUCCUACAUAAUUUAUCUUGCUUGAAUAAAACAUUUGGUGUAUUAGUUUUGUAAGGAUCAAACUCAUGUUAGUAAUGUAUUGAGGAACAGUCUACCAGUAUGUGUCUCGACUCUCGAUUGCAUGAAUAAAAAUCAAACUGAU